CGGAGGCCUCGUGCCGUAACGGCCAUCGCGGCGGCCGCGGCGGCGUCCCGGUGCCCUCCUCAGGUGAGCUGGGGCCACCCGGGCUCGGCAGAAGGGAGGUGAGACGGUUGUACCGGCAGGCAGACGCACAGAACAGCCUUUCCUUGCUCCGGGAAUCCACAGAGCCUGUUACUUGCCACGGUGCUUCCUCUUCCCCGGCGAAGUUAGCCCCCGGGGCGCCGUCUGCCGGCCCGGAGCUGAGCCGGAGGGGGCGGGGAGGCCGCUCGGCCGGGCCUGGGCGUUUGCCUCGGAGCUCCGCGCGACCCUCCGGCCACUGCCCCGGGCGGCGCGGCCCCGCGGCCUCCCGGUCCAUCCCCGGAACGUCGGGUCGGGGUGAGCGCCGCGGCCGGCCGCCCCCGCGAAGCUGGGAGAUCGAGUGUGAGGCGCGCGCCCUUCCCCGUUUCUUUUUCUCCCCAAAAGUCCUGUUGGCUGUUGUGGCGCAGUCGGAGGCCGCGAAGUGCAGAAGCUGCUGAAAAAUGGCAGAAGAAGUGGUGGUAGUAGCCAAAUUUGAUUAUGUGGCCCAACAAGAACAAGAGCUGGACAUCAAGAAGAAUGAGAGAUUGUGGCUUCUGGAUGAUUCUAAGUCCUGGUGGCGAGUUCGAAAUUCCAUGAAUAAAACGGGUUUUGUGCCUUCUAACUACGUGGAAAGGAAAAACAGUGCUCGGAAAGCAUCGAUUGUAAAAAACCUAAAGGAUACGUUAGGCAUUGGAAAAGUGAAAAGAAAACCUAGUGUGCCAGAUUCUGCAUCUCCUGCUGAUGAUAGCUUUGUUGACCCAGGGGAACGUCUGUAUGACCUCAACAUGCCUGCUUAUGUAAAAUUUAACUACAUGGCAGAGAGAGAGGAUGAAUUGUCAUUGAUAAAAGGGACAAAGGUGAUCGUCAUGGAGAAAUGCAGUGAUGGGUGGUGGCGGGGUAGCUACAAUGGACAUGUUGGAUGGUUCCCUUCAAACUAUGUGACUGAGGAAGGCGACAGUCCUUUGGGUGACCAUGUGGGUUCUUUGUCAGAGAAAUUAGCAGCAGUCGUCAGUAACCUAAAUACUGGGCAAGUGUUACAUGUGGUACAGGCUCUUUACCCAUUCAGCUCGUCCAAUGAUGAAGAACUUAAUUUUGAGAAAGGCGAUGUAAUGGAUGUUAUUGAAAAACCUGAAAAUGACCCUGAGUGGUGGAAAUGCAGGAAGAUCAAUGGAAUGGUUGGUCUGGUGCCAAAAAACUAUGUUACCAUUAUGCAGAAUAAUCCAUUAACCUCAGGUUUGGAACCAUCGCCUCCACAGUGUGAUUACAUUAGGCCUUCACUCACUGGAAAGUUUGCUGGCAAUCCAUGGUAUUAUGGGAAAGUCACCAGGCACCAAGCAGAAAUGGCAUUAAAUGAAAGAGGGCAUGAAGGUGAUUUCCUCAUUCGUGAUAGUGAAUCUUCGCCAAAUGAUUUUUCAGUAUCACUAAAAGCACAAGGGAAAAACAAGCAUUUUAAAGUCCAACUAAAAGAGACUGUCUACUGCAUUGGGCAGCGUAAAUUCAGCACCAUGGAAGAACUUGUAGAACAUUACAAAAAGGCACCAAUUUUUACAAGUGAACAAGGAGAAAAAUUGUAUCUUAUCAAGCAUUUAUCAUGAUACUGCUGACCAGAAGUGACUGCUAUACAGUUGUAAUUCGUCAUGUGAAGACUGAGAAAAUAUCAUUCCAGUCAUGCUUGAUUGGAAAUUGCUGUUUCUAACUCUAUAUGAAAAUUGACUAUAAUACAUAAGUAUUUUUAUUAUAACUCAGUUCAUACAUAUAUACUACAUAUGCCAGACAUCUGCAUAGAGCAAUUCCUUAUCCUUGGUCUUCUGUUUCAUUGGUUUUUUUGCUCUUUUUCUCUUCGCUUCUAAUAUUAAGGUUUUAUAUUUUGAAAAAAUGAUGCAAAUCGAAAGUCUUUAUAUGGAAGAAUUUCUUUACUGCCUUUCCUUUAUUUCCUUGUAAGGGCACCACCUUAGUUACUUCUGCAAUGGUUCUCUUCAUAUAAAAUUAUUAUAUCAAUUAUAUCAAUAUAUGGCAUAUGCUAAAAUAAAUUUCUUGGAGAGUUGUUAAUCUUUUCUGUGACUAAAUAGCAAUAAUAAAUGGAAAAUUAGAAAUUAUUUUCAGGUAUUAUAUUUGUCACAAGCCAUUGUAAAUAUCAAGUAUGUUGUGUCUGUCAUUAUUUUUCAAAAUUCGUUUGUUUUUAGUGUAAAGCAAAACAUACGGGACAUAGGUUAGAAAACAUAUCUUGUACAAUUUAAAUUUACAACUGUUGGAAACAAAAAUCUGUAAAUUCCUAAGUUUUUUUUUCUUUUUUUUUGGUGCUUCUCUCUCAUCUGGUUAUUCAAGAGAACAAAACAGUCUCUGAGAUAUUUAGCUUUUCAAACUGUAAA